UCAGAUGCUUAACCGACUGAGCCACCCAAGUGCCCCAAUAGUUUAAACAAAUUUUUUUUUGAAAUGUUUAUUUACUUUUGAGAGAAAGAGUUGGAGGACAGGCAGAGGUGGGGAGAGAGAGAGAGAGAGAGACAGAAUCGGAAGCACGCUCCAGGCUCUGUGCUCUCAGCACAGAGUCCUGAUGUGGGGCUUGAACUCUCAAACCGCAAGAUCAUGACCUGAGCUGAAGUUGGAUGCUCAACUCACUGAGCCCCCCAGUAGUUUUUAAAUAGUUGUGGUUUUAAGAUAUUCUGUGCCUUCAUCCCUCUGCCAUCAAAUGAUAUUAAACCCCUUUACAUCUAAGAUGAGAGCCUUCAAUCUCUGUACAUUGAUUUCUUCUCUCCCAGGCUUUGUGCUGUUUUACGUUUUUGUAUGUUAUUAACCUGACCCAUUUUGUUAUUUUCGCUUUAAGCAGUCACAGUAAAUCUCUUAAAGAGACUCCCAUCUCAAGGGAACAGUGUUUACACACAUAGUCACUGUUUUACGGUACUCUGUAUUCUUUUGUGGAGAUACAGAUUUUCAUCUGGGAUUGUUUUUUUUCCCCCUGCCUGAAGGACUUUGACAUUUCUUACAGCACAGACCGCAUCGUGAUGAAUUCUUUCAAGUUUCUAUGUUUGGAAAUGUCUGUCUCUCCUUCUUUUUUGAAAGACACUUUGUACGAAGGGUAUAGAGUUGUGUCUGGCGUUUUUAGUAGCCAUUUUGGGCAGGAGGCAAGUGUAGCCCCUCUUAUCCACCGUGGCUGGAGGCAGAGACCUCGCUUACACUCUGGAAUUGGAUCCAUACAGUCCUGCCCGGAGCACACAGACCUCACCCCCCGUGAGCUGCCGUGCUUCUGCCGAUCUCCAUCCGUGUAGGUUCGAGCCUGAGAAAGGACCGAACCGAGGCUGCGUCCCCCGAAUCUGCUCUUCGUGCUCCCUGGAAAAUGUCACCGGCAGCACUUGGCCACCGAAACGGGGAAUUCCUUGCCUUCUUUCCACAGUGCUUUUCCCUCAUGAAAACACUUCCAUCUGCUGAAACCGCACCUGCUGCUUUGUGGCUGACGUAGACCCAUUCUCCUGUGGAGCUUGAGGUGAUCCUAGAAUAAGGAGUGCCUCCAGCCUCCGCCGUCAUUCUGCAGGUGAAGAACUGAGUCCCGGCUGACAAGGGCUUUACUCAAGCCUGUCUCCGGAAAAUCGGGAUUCCAUUUGGAAGCUGGUGAUAGGAGCAUUCAGUCGAAGUGAUCUUGCUGACUUUUACCAGUAAUUUCCAUGCCUGAAGACCUCUCACUGGAAGAGAGAGAAGAACUUUUAGACAUUCGUCGAAGAAAAAAGGAACUUAUUGAUGACAUUGAGAGGCUGAAAUACGAAAUUGCUGAAGUUAUGACGGAGAUUGACAAUCUAACUUCAGUGGAAGAAAGCAAAACUACCCAGAGGAACAAGCAGAUAGCUAUGGGGAGGAAGAAAUUCAACAUGGAUCCCAAAAAGGGAAUUCAGUUUCUAAUAGAGAAUGACCUGCUGCAGAGCUCCCCAGAGGACGUGGCCCAGUUCCUGUAUAAAGGAGAAGGCCUAAAUAAGACCGUGAUCGGGGACUAUCUGGGUGAGAGGGACGAUUUCAACAUUAAAGUUCUUCAAGCGUUUGUCGAGCUCCAUGAGUUUGCUGAUCUGAACCUCGUCCAAGCCUUAAGGCAGUUCCUGUGGAGCUUCCGACUUCCGGGUGAGGCUCAGAAAAUCGACCGCAUGAUGGAGGCGUUCGCGUCCCGCUACUGCCUGUGCAACCCGGGCGUCUUCCAGUCCACAGACACCUGCUACGUGCUGUCCUUCGCCAUCAUCAUGCUCAACACCAGCCUCCACAACCACAACGUGCGGGACAAGCCCACAGCCGAGCGCUUCGUCACCAUGAACCGCGGCAUCAACGAGGGAGGAGACCUCCCAGAGGAGCUGCUGCGGAACCUGUACGAGAGCAUCAAGAACGAGCCGUUUAAAAUCCCGGAGGACGACGGCAACGACCUGACGCACACGUUCUUCAACCCCGACCGCGAGGGCUGGCUCCUGAAGCUGGGAGGGCGGGUGAAGACCUGGAAGCGGCGCUGGUUCAUCCUGACCGACAACUGCCUCUACUACUUCGAGUACACGACGGACAAGGAGCCCAGGGGGAUCAUCCCCCUGGAAAACCUCAGCAUCAGGGAGGUGGAAGACCCGCGCAAACCGAACUGUUUCGAGCUUUACAACCCGAGCCACAAAGGCCAGGUCAUCAAGGCCUGCAAAACGGAGGCGGACGGCCGGGUGGUGGAGGGCAACCACGUGGUGUACCGGAUCUCCGCCCCGAGCCCCGAGGAGAAGGAGGAGUGGAUGAAGUCCAUCAGAGCGAGCAUCAGCAGGGAUCCUUUCUAUGACAUGUUGGCCACGAGGAAGAGGAGGAUUGCCAAUAAGAAAUAGAUCUUUCCUGGCCCGAACCGGUGAAAACAGAAGCCAAGACUCCACGACGACGGAAAGUGACUGGGAGCCUCCCCCGACCCCCCCAGCGCCGCCGGCCCCGCUUCGGUCUCCCGCCUCCUCUCUGGAGACGGCGCGUGCGCAGUGGGAGCGCCGCCCCGAGCCCCGAGGAGCCUUCUGUGCGCGGCGGCCGAUGUCCAGAUGCCCUUCUCCCGGUCCCAGCUCGCGGUGGCGCCUGCCGGCUCCUUCGAGGGAACCUCGUGCCAGUCGUGCCGCCCUUGGCUCACCCGUGGCAGCGUUCGCCGUUCCAGAAGCCGCUGUUUUAUAUCUGAACAAGAAAGGAAACGCUACCACUUUUUUAUUCAGAGUUUUUUCUCAGAUAUAUAGGAUUAUAGCUUUUAUAUGCCUUUUUAUACUCUGAAAUUAUAACGAAGGAUACUUACUUUCUAACACUAGUAUUUUUAGAAUGGCAGCUAUAAAUGUAACUCGUGGACGCAAGUAUAUACUGUGCACUGAAGAAGUCGUCUAUACAUGCACCUGCCGCCCUGCGUGGGGGGGCAUGGGCGGCCAUGUAGGGUGCUUUCGUGGUGGUCCUCGGGGUGGAGGGACGUUUCUGGGCAGGGGCCGGGCUCCAGGUGGCCAGAUCCCGGGGGACUCGUCAUCAGCUCAGACUCUGUGGCCCCACAGAUACUUUCUAAAAAGGCCAAUUGUUACAAUGUAAGUGCUGGUUCUGGGUGUGAAUCCUGUGGCCGCGGUCACACACAGGGGGUGUGUUGAGCCCCGUGAGACCGCCGCUGUGGGACUUUGGCCCCCCAACCAGCAGUUGCGUGUGGCUCAGUGGAACCGUGCGUGGUUCAGACUGACGGACCGGUCUUCACUAUUUAAAACCUUUCGGCAAAACAGAUACUUCUUUUACUGACCUACUAGUUUGACCAGAUCUCUUAGCAUAAUGAAUAGACGAGUAACCAGAGCAGAUCUUACUCCUCGUUUUUAGAGACUUUAAUCUCUUGCCAUGAGGACGGAAGGGGCGCGCUGUGGGAUGAAGGUGCGUGGCACUUAGGGUCUCCUGUAAAUAGCGUGAAAGCCCAGAUGCGCGCUGGUGGUGGAACUUAAGAAGAUCCACAAUCAGACGGUUGUCAGGCUGCCGAUGAUCUAACAGGUGCUCAGGACGUCUGCCCGAGGGAGGACGGGGCUCAGAGCCGGCCGGGGGCGCCGCUGGGCGAGGCUGGGGUGCUGGGCGCUGGGGCGGUGCCUCUGCCUCUUCCGGGCGGGGCCGGUGACGGAUGCUGCCGGGACCCUCUUGGCCACAUUCCGGCGGUGGGUCCCCGUGUCUGUGCCCUUUAGAGGUCACGAGCUGUCAUGUGCAAAAUGAAAGUCCCAGAAAGCAGACCUCGGACCGGACCGUCGGCACCUACGUGAAGAUUUUAAGUAGAAGUAACUGCUCUGCGAGUUGCCUUGGUGCUGACACUGACUGGCCGUGGGCCCCUGGCCUCGGCACCACUGACCUUGACGUAGCUUUAAGUCACGCUGGAUGCAAAGGGGUCUGGGCUCGGGCCUCUCUGACACGCCUCAAACUGAUUUUUUGUUUCCUUCCCGAGCUUUUAGGCUUUGUUACCGUCCUGAUACCUCAAAUUCGAAACUUUAGUUUUGGAGAAAGGCGAGUCCGCAUUCUUGAAAUGCCUGGCUGGCAUAUAUGCAACUCUGGCCUCCAGUCUUCCACGAAAGCCGAUGGCGCCCGGAGCACGCGCCCGCCGCCCCCACCGUCGCCGACCAGUGGGGCCGCCCGCCCCUCUCCCGGGCUGCCCAGGGCGCCGAGGGAUCAGUGGUUGGGGCGGGGGCUGCGCUCCCUCUCUCGGCCCCGGGUAGGCCCCUGGGGAUACAGGCUUUCGGUCUUCGGGGUUUGGCCUCGGUAGGGUUGGGAGAAGCGAGCUUUGGGAAACCCCUGUAGGAAUUCUCCGGUCGCCGGUGAAGGAGCCUCGCGUGAUGGCUCUUUUCCCGGGAACCGUGCGGAGGCCGUGGUGCUUAGAAUCUGUCACUUGCUGUCAGUGUUCCGUGAGAUCUCUAACUCCGGGUUUUGCGUGGCAGUAUUAACGCGGGGCAAGCCGGCGGCCACCCCGCUACGCCGUCAGGCGGGCCGGUGGCCGCGUCUCUCCUCCCUGCCCCCACGUCCUCCCAGUGCUAGCAUUUUAGUCCCAACUCUGGCCAAAGACAAGCUUCCCUCCGGAGACCAGGGGCGGGAGGCGGAGAAGGGGGUGCUCUGGGCCGAAGACUGCGGCUGCCACGGCCCCGCCGGCCUCCGUUUACCCUCACCCAGGCGAGCGUCAGUGUCUUCGGGAUCGCGGCACAUCCUGGAACGGUCUAACGUGGUACCAAACGGAGUCAGAAUAGGAGCUAUUUAUAGAUGAAGCAGCAUUUAAUGCUUCAUACAAAGCAAUGCAUAUUUUUAAAAGUUAAAAUGCAUAGAUCUAUAGAGAUGUGCUUUGCGGAGAAGUUAGGUCUGUUGUAGACCGGAAACCACAUGUUGUGACUUCCCAUUUUCUUAUUUUUUCUUAGGCAUUUCUAUUUACGGUAAAUAUAGUUAAUAUGUAAAUAAUGUACAUAGAGAUUUCCGGAGUGUUUGUUAUUCAGUGUAUAUACCCUCACAUCCUGCAUGAAGAAAUACCCCGUCAUCGAUAUUUUGUUGUAUCAUUGGAGGGUGUAUGGCCGUCAAAUUGCAAAUACCGUGUUCACAAAAUAAAAAAAGGCGUUGUUCGGACAA